UGUGCAGACGUGCAGCCUGCUAAUGAAGCUGAACACAUCCUGAUCAAAGAGGAGUGUGAAGAGGAGGAGAACGACUCGGAGGACAAACCGAUCUCUGGAGCCGAGCAGCCGCCAUGUUUCGACGCCUCACAACCCGCCCAGACCGAUGGCUUCGUGGAGCGGUACCACUCAGCCGAGGACCCAGCCGACCCCGGAUCUCUGGUUUCCCCGGCAGACGUCUACGACACUUUCCCGGAGCAGCAGCAGCCGGACGGACGCCGUAACGAGGCAGAGCUCGUGGUGAAACACGAGAACGAGGAAGAGUCCGACGAGAACGCAGCUCCUCUCGAUCCGGCCCACAGGUUUGUGACGGAGGAGGGCGACCACCAGCUGUGGUCGUCCGAUCUGUGCGGGGACGCCGGUGAUCCAAGCUUCUCGGGCGCCGAGCAUCAGUUUGAGCCGAUUGCCUUUCUGUUCCCGUCCCAGAGCGGACUGCAUUUGGAGGACACGGUGCCUCAGAUUCACUCGGUAGGGAAAUCACAUUCAGCCGCGGUGGUGAGUGCGGCACGCGUGAAAAGACGAGCCAGAGCGUUGGGAUUCAAGAGAUCACAACCAGAGGAAGGACACGGUGCGUUAUCUCAGAUCAACACCAUGGAUCAGUGCUCGAUUCCUCAACAAUCGCAGCUUCAGUACAGAGAUUCGCCUCAAGUGAGGAAUCCAAACGAGGAUUUGACACCGCCAAACCCGGCGGCCUCGUCUUUCUGCGGGCACAACCGCAGCGGCGGUUUCGGCCUGGCGAGGAGGAUGAGGACGCCCUGGAGGUCCGGCAUCGGCGAGAAGAGGUUCAGCUGCACGUACUGCGACAAAAGCUUCGUGAGGUUCAGUCAGCUCAAGGAGCACCUGAGGAGUCACACGGGGGAGAAGCCGUUCAGCUGCCUGCAGUGCGGCCGGAGCUUCACCAAACAGUGCAACCUCAUCAGACACGCGGUGGUCCACAGCGGGGAGAAGCCCUACGAGUGCUCGCUGUGCGGGAAGUGCUUCACGCAGCGCUCCAGCCUCAAGUCGCAUCAGAAAACAGCGCACUGA